GGGCGAAAGAGAUAUGGAGAGAGAAAGUAAAAAGCAUAAGAUAAAGUCAGAGAGAGAGAAAGAGAGAGAGAGUUUUAUAAUAGUUGUUUUGUCUGUGGGGAAUGAAAAUGAAAGCCUUGCCGGGAAGGUUGGGUAUGAAAAGUGAAAUGGUGGUGUUGUUGGGUUCGAAGAAGAAGCAGAACAAGAGAGAACAGGACCUGUUUUUCGAGAUUAGAGCCACAAACGCAACCUCCUCUUCCGUACUCUUCCUUCUCCAACUUUUCCUUCUCAUCCUAUUCAUCCUUUAAUAAAUCUCUCUCUCUCUCUCUCUCUCUCUCUCUAUAGCUCUAACCCCUUUUCUGUAUUGAAUUCUACUUGCUAAAUCUCUUGUUAUACACAUGUAAUAUCAGUAAUCGCAUCAAUUUGUUCCCCUUUUUUCACUUGAUUUCAAGGGUUUUUUUUUCUGACCCUUUUUCCAUUUCAAAUUCACUGAAUUCAGCAGUUAGUUGUAGUAGUUGUUGUUGUUGUACUUGGUGUUGGUGGGUAGGGUUUAUUUUCUGUCAUAUCGAUUAAAUUCUCGACUUUAGAGGAUUAUAGUUGCAAUUUUAUCUAUCAUGUCGCUUAUAGAGGAUCUUGUUUCUGUAGUCUUGAUGUUUUUGGGAUCGGGUAGUGGGGUUUAGGGUUUGGUAGUCUCACGCAGAUCAUAAAACCAAAUAAAUAAGAGAAAAAUUAACGGGUCAUUGUUGUUGUUUGGAUUACGUUUUGGUGUAAACGCAAAAUCCAAUCUUUUGUGAAUUUAAUUGUACCCAUCAAUUCCCUCCUUUGAGAAUUUGUGAUUCCAGGGGGAGUUUAGAUCCUUUCACUGUCCUUACCUAAAAUAGCCACAAAAAAAAAAUCAAAAUCAUUUGUAAUCAUGACCCACCUUUUUUUUCUUGUUGGGUUUCAUAAUUUUCUAUUCUGUUAAUCAGGGUUGUUUUUUAUACCAGAGGAAUCAGAUAAAUUUGGUUUAGUAGUUGUAAUUUUUUUUUUGUUAAUUUCAAUUUUAUAUUAGAAGAAGAGGGAUUCAGUUUUUGUAUUGAGGAGGGGUUGGUUUUUUCUAUGGGAAUACCUGAUAGUUCUCUACUAGAUUUGAUAGAGAACGUUAGGUCUAGGAUUUCUUGGGGAACAAGUGAUUUGACUUCUUUAUCCAGCGAAUUUGAGAUGCCUGAUAACAAUUGCGGAAUGUGUUGCAAGUGUGAAUUGAACUUUGCAGACACUUGCUAUAAGUUCCAUUGCCAAGGAUGUGGUAGGAUGUUGUGUGUGGAUUGUGUACGUGCCUAUGGUUCUUUGGAUGUUGUGUCAGGUGAUGCAAAAAGCAACGUGGGUACUCAGGUUGUUAUUAAGUCUUGCAAGUUUUGUUCAGAGAUUAGUAUUAGGAAUGAAGGGGAACGAAAGUAUAGUGAUAAAAUCUAUCCUUCUGAGUCUCCCAGACAGAGCCCUGAACCUCCAUCGCCGAGUUUUAGUGGUGAAAGGUUGGAUGGUUAUUCCCCCCAUGCUUUGACCAGAAGCAGUUUUACUUCAUUUACUGAUCAUUCCUCUUCAGUCUCUGUUCGUCGCUCGUCAAGCAGGAGUGAUGAAGAAAAGGCUGAGGAUUCUGCAGGAUACUUUUGCAGCCCAUCCAGUGAAUACUAUAAUGACACUUCGGAUAUAGAUGCAAGUAGCAUUAGUGCUAGACAUGAAUUUUACAGUUAUAAGUCAGUGGGAUCAAGUCCUUCUGACAGCCCCUCUAGGAUUUCCAAUAGAGUUGGCCAUUCUGUACAGCAGAAAGAAGUGGGAACUCCGAGGUCUCAUAAUGAUGUUCCCUUUGAUCAAGACAAAAUGGCUGUUAUAAGCAGGCCAAUGAGAGGGACUGAGGAUACAGAAAUUACUGAUGAUUUGUCAAUAUUUCGGGACGAAUGUGACACGUUGCAAAAGCCAUUGGAUUUCAAAAACAAUGGUCUAAUUUGGUUCCCUCCACCACCUGAUGACGACAAUGAUGAAUCAGAAAGUAAUUUAUUUGCUUAUGAUGAUGAGGAUGAUGAGAUUGGAGAAUCAGGUGUGGCGUUUUCAUCCAGUAGUAGCCUUGCUAGCAUUGCGGCAAAGGAUAGACAAAAUGGGGGCCAUGAGGAAUCUCUGAGAGCUGUGGUACAGGGGCAUUUUAGGGCUCUUGUGUUACAAUUGUUACAGGGGGAGGGUUUCAAGGUGGGCAAAGAAAGCAGCACAGAAGACUGGCUUGACAUUGUUACCGCAAUAGCAUGGCAAGCUGCAAAUUUUGUCAGACCAGAUACUAGCAGAGGGGGCAGUAUGGAUCCCGGAGAUUAUGUAAAGGUUAAGUGUAUAGCAUCAGGAAGUCCUCAUGAGAGCACACUUGUUAAAGGAAUAGUUUGUACAAAGAAUAUUAAACACAAGCGCAUGACUUCACAAUACAAAAACCCCAGAUUACUUCUUUUAGGAGGAGCACUUGAGUACCAUAGGGUUCCUAAUCAGCUCUCUUCUUUUGAUACAUUACUGCAACAGGAAAUUGAUCAUCUGAAGAUGAUUGUGUCAAAGAUAGAGGCACACAGUCCAAAUGUGCUGCUUGUAGAAAAAAGUGUAUCUUCAUAUGCCCAACAGUAUCUGUUGGAAAAGGAGAUCUCUUUAGUGUUGAAUGUUAAAAGGCCAUUAUUGGAGCGCAUAGCGAGGUGCACUGGUGCUCUUAUAACUCCGUCAAUUGAUGCUAUUUCUGCGACACGGUUGGGACGUUGUGAAAUCUUUCGGUUGGAAAAGGUAUCUAAAGCGCUUGAGAAAGCCAAUCAAUUCAAGAAGCCCUCAAAAACCUUGAUGUUUUUUGAAGGUUGUCCUAGGCGUUUAGGUUGCACGGUACUGCUGAAGGGCUCGUGUUAUGAAGAACUGAAGAAGGUCAAGCAUGUUGUUCAAUAUGCAAUUUUUGCAGCUUAUCAUUUAUCCUUGGAAAGUUCCUUCCUUUCUGAUGAGGGUGCUAGUCUUCCCAUAAUGACAACGAAGCCUUCAAUUUCCAUACCAGGGAGGACAACAGCUAAUAAUGCCAUUUCAGUUAUCCCUAAUUCUGACCAAGAUAUUAAUGAAGAAUUUGUUGGUCUCAAUUCGGAUUCUGGAUUGCAGGAAUUAUCGUAUGAGCAUUGUAAUCCUGGUCAUGAUUCAUUUACCACCUCGAUGGAGUGUAGAGUUGGAUAUGUACCUUCUGGUACAUGCAAUGAUAAUAUAGUAUCUAAUGUGGCUUUGGAGGAUAUAAAGGACCCCAGCGUGCUUCCUUCUGGGAUUGUAAAUUAUACCCGUCAGGAAUUGGAGAUCACAGGUCAAGAUGAGAGGCCACCAAGGGAAGCUUAUGAACUUAAACGGCCCGACAGGGUUGAUGAUAAUGAAGCCUCGAGUAAAUACUAUUCAGCAACAGACAGUCACCAGAGCAUAUUGGUAUCCUUUUCUAGCCGUUGUGUGCUAAAUGGAACUGUGUGUGAGCGCUCUCGACUCCUUCGCAUCAAGUUCUAUGGCUGUUUUGAUAAGCCACUUGGGAAGUAUCUUCGCGAUGAUCUGUUUGGUCAGACAUCUAGCUGCCGAUCUUGUAAAGAACCAACUGAAGCCCAUGUCUUAUGCUAUACUCAGCAGCAGGGAAACCUGACAAUAAAUGUUAGAUGCCUUCCCUCUGUGAAGCUACCUGGGGAGCGUGACGGGAAGAUAUGGAUGUGGCACCGAUGCCUUAAGUGCGCACAGAUAGAUGGAGUUCCACCAGCAACCCGGAGAGUGAUUAUGUCACAUGCUGCUUGGGGACUUUCCUUCGGAAAGUUUUUAGAACUUAGUUUUUCAAACCAUGCGACUGCUAAUCGUGUUGCAAGCUGUGGUCAUUCUCUGCAAAAGGACUGCCUCCGUUACUAUGGGUUUGGGAGUAGGGUUGCGUUCUUUCGUUAUUCUCCUGUUGAUGUUCUUUCUGUCCGCUUGCCACUAUUAAUGCUGGAGUUCAAUGGCCAUGUUCAACAGAAUUGGAUAAGAAAAGAGGCAGCAGAGUUUCUGAGUAAAAUGGAAGCCCUGUAUGCAGAGUUAUCGGUUGUACUUGACAGCAUUGAACAGAAAAAUAUGUCCUUGGAACAUGAAAAAUCUGAUGCAAGUGAGCUAGAUAACCACAUCAUGGAGUUAAAAAGCCUUUUAAUAAAAGAGAGGAAUGAUUACAAGGAUUUGCUUCUACCAGCUGGUGAAGAGACUUCACCAUUUGAUCAGACAUCUGUGGACAUUCUUGAGCUUAAUCGCUUGAGGCAUUCCCUUGUAAUUAGUUCACAUGUUUGGGAUCGUCGGUUCUAUUCUUUGGAUUCCCUUCUUACAACAAGGAGUUUUAGUUCCAAGGAUGCAAAGGAUACUACAUCUUAUGCUGAGCUGAAAGACUGGAGAAGUGAGUCGUGUUCUAAGGAUGGCAGUCCGGAACGUGGUCUUGAAGAAAGUGUGCUGGAGUCUUCACAAUCACAAGAGUUCUGCAAGAAUGGUAUACAGCCAAAUCAGAAGUGUGAGCCUAACUUGCCAUCUGAGCCUGGUGUUCCAGAAGAAUCCAUGUCAACCUCAGGUCAGUAUUACAAACAUGAAGAAUUACACUCUAAUGGGGAAAUUAUGGUUGGUACGACCUCCUCAGAUACAAUCCCCUCACCUUCCACCAAUCUGUCUGAUAAAAUAGAUUCUGCAUGGACUGGAAAUGAUCAACUUAUGUUGGGAACAGAUACCCGACGGGCAGAUGGACCUCAGGUGAUAAAUCAAACAGGCAAUCCAACUCUUAGAAAGCUAACGACUCCGGCAAGAGGGUAUUCUUUUGACUCUGCUGUGAGACUUCAAGAAAGAAUUAGGAAAGGAUUUCCCCCAUCUUCAUUGCAUUUGUCAACACUUGGAUCUUUUCAUGCUUCUGGAGAGUACAGGUGUAUGGUUAGAGAUCCAGUUUCUAAUGUACAGAGGACUUACUCUCAAGUUUUACCCAUGGAGGCCCAGAAGUUAAAUCUCUCACUCAAUUCCACAUCCACAUUUAUCUCUUCUGCAUCCCUUAUGUCUGAUGGGGAACGAUUGCUGCUUCCACAAACUGGCCAAAAUAAUCUAGUUGUUGUUUAUGAUGAUGAACCUACUAGCAUAAUAUCCUAUGCCCUCAGUUCCAACAAAUAUGAGGAUUGGAUUGCUGACAGGCCGAGUGGGCAUGAAAGAAGCAGUGAUAAGCCGAAUAGGCAUGAAGGAAAUUCUUCAGCUUCUACAUUUUCCAAGUGGCAGUCUUUUGGAUCUCUGGAUUUGGAUUACAUCAUCAAUGGAAGUUAUGGAUCUGAAGAUGCUUCAUUGAUAAUUACUGUCUCAUCUACAGAUCCUAAGAAUUCUUCCCAUCUGAAAAUUUCUUUCAAAGACGAGUCUUUAAUUGGUGGGGGCAAAGUGAAGUUUUCAAUCACCUGUUAUUUUGCAAAGCAGUUUGAUGCUCUUAGAAAGCAAUGCUGCCCCAGUGAAGUGGAUUUUAUACGUUCCUUGAGCCGCUGCAAGAGAUGGAGUGCUCAAGGGGGAAAGAGCUAUGUGUACUUUGCGAAGUCUUUGGAUGAAAGAUUUAUAAUUAAACAAGUCCAGAAGACUGAGUUGGAUUCUUUCGAGGAAUUUGCACUGGAGUACUUUAAGUAUUUGACAGGUUCUCUCAGCUCGAGAAGUCCUACCUGCCUUGCUAAAAUUCUUGGUAUUUAUCGGGUCACUGUCAAACACUCAAAAGGUGGCAAGGAAACAAAAAUGGAUCUGAUGGUUAUGGAAAACGUAUUUUUCAAAAGAAGUAUCUCGAGGGUCUAUGAUCUUAAGGGCUCUGAGCGGUCUCGUUACAAUGCGGAUACAACAGGGACAAACAAAGUACUGCUAGAUAUGAAUCUUCUAGAAACACUUCGUACACAACCCAUUUUUCUUGAGAGCAAGGCCAAAAGAAUCUUAGAGCGAGCUAUUUGGAAUGAUACAUCUUUUCUAGCGUCUGUUGAUGUGAUGGACUAUUCUUUGCUGGUUGGGGUGGAUGAGGAGCGGAAGGAGCUGGUUGUAGGGAUCAUUGAUUUCAUCAGACAAUAUACAUGGGACAAGCAUUUGGAGACAUGGGUUAAGGCAUCUGGCAUACUUGGAGGCCCCAGGAAUGCUUCCCCAACCAUUAUUUCUCCCAAACAAUACAAGAAAAGAUUCCGGAAAGCAAUGACAUCCUAUUUUCUUACAGUACCUGAUCAAUGGUCAUGGUAGAUGAUGAACUACUAAUGCAUCAAUCAUUACAUUCUUCAAGUUUUUACAAGCAUAGUGUCUGUUGAUUAAUAAAGAAAAAGGAAGAUAAUUGUUGCGGAGAAGUGUAGAGAGAGAGCCCUAGCAGUGUUUUUGUUGUUUUUGGGUCUGGGCAGAAUUAUCCCAGGGAAAAAGAAGUUUAUUAGUGAAAUUUCUUUGUAAUAUGUGUACAUUGUGCACAGUUGCUCUUGAAGAAAAUUUCUUUACAUGACAUUUUGUAGA